AUGACUUCCGAGUCACGACGAAGUCGAUCCACGUCUGGACAACGCAAAGCCAUUUCAUUGAGGUUUAAAGUGAACGUGAUACAAGCUUACGAAGCUGCAACGGAUGCUCAGAAGACCUUCUAUUGCAUUGGGAAGGAAUUUGGCGUCCAAACUGGCCAAGUGUCUCGGUGGGUCAAGGCCAAGGACAAAAUCACCGCCAGGGCUGUGUUCAAUCCGUCUGCAUUGACCGUCAAUGCUGGCCGCCCAGUGACCAAUCCAGCAGUCGAGGCCAAAGUCCUUGAGUACUUCAACACUCUUCAGCAAGACGACAUCGCCAUCAGUACGAACAUGCUCAUCAUUUACGCCCUCAGUGUGGACUCGGAUUUUCAUGGCGGACAACCAAAUGCGUUGAAGAAGUGGGUCUAUAUGUUCCUGCAACGACAUAACUUGGUCAUUCGCCGCCCAACCCGCCGGGCUCAAAAGCGAUCGGGUCAAUUGACGGCGAUUAUGGAAGAUUUUGGAACGACCUUAGUCGCACGCUUCGCGCCGUUUGGAACGUUGGCGAAGGUAGCAGGGCGAUGUUUUGUAAACAUGGACGAAACACCUCUCCCUCUGGAGCCAGAGGUCAAGACAACGAUCGCAACAAAGGGUUCAAGAACGGUGUCUGCACGCAAGUGUACGUCGUCCAAUCCCCGUGUUACUGUGUGCCUUGCAAUCGUGUCGGAUGGUACCAAGCUACCACCAUUUGUGGUAUUCAAGGGAGUCCCGGGUGCCCGUAUUGACUCGAAUCUUGAAGCUAUCGUGCCAGCUGGCUUGUUCGCGACGUGUCAAGAGAAGGCCUUCAUGGACUCGGACCUCACUAAAAAGUGGUUCAAUAGCGUUUGGAAGCCCCACGUCGCGAACGAAGCAUCCAGAGCCCCACGCCCGCCAUCAGCAUGCCAGGCACAGCACCAUCACCGUCAUGUUGAUCAGGAGAUCGUUGCCGACCAUGGCAUUGGACACCCACACAGUCACAUGCCCAGCGCAAUCGACCUGACUCCGUAUGUAGCCAGCACAAGCCCCACUCCUCGAUCCUACACGUACGCGUGGGGAUACGUGUGCUUGGGACGCCGAUUUCACCCGAAGUAG